AUGUCCGGUCACCCAUUUGGACUGCUCGAGCAGUCAGAAGAAGAUGCAUUGCACACUGCGCGCUUGCUCAACGUCGAAGAACGUCCAUUUGCACGCGUUUCCAAGCGACUAUUGGGCAAAGAUUCACUCCUCAGAACGAGCGCUCAACUACCGACACCGCCGCCCGAUGAGUCCGAAGCAGACCAGGAACAAGAGCGUCAGAAGAAAGAGCAAGAGCGAAGGCAAUGGCGCGAGGAUGUUAUGCUAGACUUUGCCCUCCUGGAGAGUACUUUCAUCCGCAUCCAAUUCCUGAAGGACAGCAACGAGAAAGAGCGCCAGAGAUAUGCAACUGAAAAGACCAAGAUCCUGGAGACUGCCCAAGCUGUCCGCGACAACACUGCAGAACUACGCGUACAGCUGGAAGAAGCUCAAAAGACUUUGACUCUGCGCAAAGAAUACGACGUCCUAGCUGAGAAGAUUACCAACAACCGCAUGCUGAAGCCGCGCGACGAGCAACGCGCAAAUCUGGAGAAGCUGAAUGCCGAGAUUGCAGACCUAGAGAAUGAGGGCGAAGAAUACGAACAAACCUGGGUCGAGCGCAGGGAGCAGUUCGAUAACAUCAUGGCUGCCGGAAAGCAAAUGCUCAGGGUCAUUAGGGGUGAAAAAGACGAGCCAGAGAAAGAUGAGACCAUGGACGACGGCGAAGAGCGUGAGGAUGGCGAGGCUACCAAGGAGAAUAGCCGAAUGGGUACACCCGGACCUGACAUGGGCGGCGAGGACGAUGAGGUAAACUCAAAACGCAGUCGAGGACCAUCACAAGGCACUGGAGCCAACACGCCUGCUGCGGGAGACGCACCGACACCAGAUAUUGGCGAUACAGUGCCUGCUCCAGCAGAGAAGCCAAUGGACACGGACAUGAUGGAGGCUGGAGAGACACCACAGCCAGCCCCUGUCUCGGAGCUGGAAGAGGGAGAAGCAGCUGAAGAUUCGGCUGAAGAAGGCGAGCACAUGGAUGUGACCUAG